CCUAAAUGCCGAGUGUUGGAAAGGCUAAAUCGGCCUUAUCUUGCAAAAACUCAAAAUGAAGAGUUUACUUGCAACCCGUGUUAAUAUAGCUGUUCAAGGAAGGUCCGCUGGUUCUCCUGCAGUAGCAGGAAAGAUGUUUACAAUGUUUACCGUGAUGGUAAAUUCACACAAGAAGCCAAUUCCAGCCCUUGGAUAUGCAGGCAACUGGGCCCAACUUCAUACGGCGUCUAUCCUGUCAGCCUACAAAUUAAGACGAAAUGUGAAAGAUUGUUACCAAGUUUUGAAUGUUGAUCCAGAGAGUAGUAGUUUGUCAGAUGUGAAGGAAGCCUUCCUCAGGCUUGCAAAGGAGUAUCACCCAGAUAGUAAAUCCCCAACUGCAGACGUCCGAAAGUUCAACCAAGUCCGAGAGGCAUAUCAAGCUGUGCGAGCUGAUCUUGAGGCAAGACACCCACACUUGACAGGAGACAGCAGUAUGAGGGACAGCCAGCUAGACUUUGACAUUGAGCACACUGCUCCCCAACACCGUCAGUACUUGGAGUUUGAAGGCAUUGGGGUGGGAACCCCUUCCCAGAGACACAAACACUACCAAAAGGUCCGAGUCCAGCGGGCCAUGAAUUCAGUCUCGGAGCGCCGGAUGGAGAGGCUGUUAGUAAACGAGGAAACCUCAGCCUUGGUCAGCCUGGACAAGAAGGCUGCCAAGCAGAUCAAGACGAGCAACAUAAUGGACAGGCUGGUGGAGGACCUCAUCAAAGACGCUAUGAACAAGGGAGAAUUUGAAAACCUCCCAAAUAAGGGCAAACCGCUCCCAGACAAGACCCGCUGGUGCCCAUACUGGGAUGUCGGUGACCAUAAUCUGAACCAAGUGCUGGUCAACAAUGGUUACACUCCGGAAUGGAUUCAGGCCGAGCGGGAGAUCCGGUCGGAGCUCCGCGACCUGAAGGAUGACCUCCUGAAGGCCAGACUCAAACUGGGUCCUGAACCCCUCAACGAAUUCAACCAGAACAAGUGGCGAGGCCUGUUGGAGGACUUCAUGGAAAGCAUUAAAUCUCUCAACAAGAAGGUUGAGCGCAGAAAUUUGCUUGUGCCAGCACUCCAGCUACAAAUAGUGCAUUUCAGGCCAGAGAGAGAGAUAGAGAAAGUCCUCAAAGAAUAUGACAAGCUAGAGGAAACAAAAAUCAAGAUAAAAGAAGAAAAAUCAAGAGAGAUGCAACAGACUGAGAAAGCACUGAUAUUGGAUGGCCAAUUAUUUGCCAAGAUUGGGGACAAGAUAUUUCAGAGGUUUUUCUUCAACCAUAGAGAAUAGAGAAUUGACUGAUUUGACACAAAAAAAGAAAAGAAAUUUCAAAUAUGUACAAGUACAUUUGGUCGUUAAAGACAGUUAAAAAAAAAUUCACAACUCAUCAUUCAACAUGAAGCUGUGUUUCAAAGUUCUGGGUGUGGCUACCAGUAACAAAGAUCUAUUGGAGUUUGUGGCUUCCUGUGACUUUUAAGUGUAGGGACACACUGAAGAAAAUACCCUAUUCUCCAUUAACAAGGAUUUCAUUUUCUUGUUAUCCACUCAAUGUUUUUCUGUCAAAUAGGACUCCCUGAACUCACACCUUCAAUUUGAAGUCAUUUUGUGGCUUGCUAUGUAACAAGUGCACUUUUUGGUUUUGAAUUUUUUGUAAGCAACAUUUUUCAAUUUCAGAAGUUUGAUGCGUAUUUCCAUAUCUACUUUAUGUACUAUUAAUCUGUUCUCUCUGACUUACAUAUAUCUAAGGCCGUGUCCGAAAUGGGCUUCCAGAGCUACGGCUAGGUCUAUUGUCUACACGUCUCCACACAUUUCCAAUGGAGCGAAGACCCAGACCUAGCUCUAGACAACAGAUUUGGAUGCAGUCUAAGUUUGGACAACUGAUAGUCCCAAUAUCAAGACUAUUUUAGUGUCAAUAUCCUAUAUUAAAUUUUAAGAACAUAUUUAACAAUUUAUCAGGGCAAAAAUUUGAAAUAAAGUUGAACUUGAUUGAAGGUUCACAACUGA